AAGGACCCUCGCAAAGCCCGCAUCAAAACUAGGGUCUUCAGAUAAAUUCCACUCUCCCUUCUCAUCUUCACCAGUCAAAACUAGGGUUUUCGAUCAUCAAAACUAGGGUUUUAUUUUUUUCCUCAAACGAUGACAGGAAAAGCAAAGCCAAAGAAGCACACAGCGAAGGAAAUCGCGGCGAAGGUGGACGCAGCGACGACGAACAGAGGCGGCGGAAAGGCAGGUCAGGCGGACAGGUCGGGCAUCGAGAAGGGGGGACACGCGAAGCUGGAGUGUCCGCACUGCAAGAUCACAGCACCAGACAUCAAAACGAUGCAGAUUCAUCACGAUGCUAAGCACCCAAAGAUCCCAUUCGAUGAGACCAAGCUCAACAAUCUUCACGCUGUCUAUGUCGCCGAGCCCUCCAAGCCUCGCCCCGGCGUUCGCGGCAGCUUGAAGAAGUGAACAAACUUUUCUGCCCCCACUUUGUUGGUCCAAAAAAAUAUCAUCAAAACAAUAACAACAAUAAUAAUCAUAGUGUCUUGUCUGCCAAACAAAUUAUAUUAUUCUGUUGUCUGUUUAUUGUUGUGUUUGUGUUGGGGCAUGUUUGGAUUACAUAUGGGUAUUUAUGGUUAUGGUUAUGGAAGAAAGCAUGUUUGGAUUAUAUAUGGGUAUUGUUAGAUUUUCAUGCUUGUAUUUCU